UGCCAAAAUCAAUGCUCUGUCGUUUACUAGGGCUCGUUGCUCUGUUGCCUAGGUUGACGAUAUCUCUUUCGUUUGUUUUCGGUUUCGAAUAUCAAUUCUGUCGAUUAAAUCCGUUUAUUAGGGUUUUCACUUUCAGUUUCGUUCAACAUACAUAUCUGGAUUAAGGAAAACGUAAGUUCGAGUAAAUGAAAGGACAAAGCAAUUAUGUGCCUCCCCGGUACAUUCCUCUAAGUCACUCAGACCCAGAGGCGGCUAUUGUUCCAUCAGUCGUUGACCUAGUUCCUGCUCCGGGCCCUGCGCAAUGGACUUCUGGAAUAUGUGCUUGUUGUGAUGACAUGCAGAGCUGUUGUAUAGGUCUUCUAUGCCCUUGCUAUUUGUUUGGCAAGAAUGCUGACUUUCUGGGUUCUGGAACUUUGAUUGGGUCCUGCAUGACCCAUUUUCUUCUGUGCGGUCUUGUUAACUCUCUCUGCUGUCUAAUCAGUGAAGGCCUUCUAUUGGGCUUUCCAGGAUGCUGUGUUGCCUGUUACUCAUGUGGGUACCGCAGAGCACUACGGUUGAAGUACAAUUUGCCGGAAGCGCCCUGUGGAGACUUUGUAACUCAUUUAUGCUGCCAUCUGUGUGCCAUAUGUCAAGAGUACAGGGAAAUCCGUGAACGCUCAGGGAACAAUAGCUCAACAGACCUUACACUUGCAGAAAUUACAGCCCCACCCGUCCAAAAGAUGGAAUCAGCUCCAACCCAAGAAAAAUGAUCACUUUUCGACUCACCAGUUCAUAUGUGGCACUAUGAUUUCUCACUAUAUCACUUCAGUUAACUGUUGAAAUCCAUGUUGAUCCCUGAAGAUAACCCUAAGAAAAGUCUACUAACUUUAACAAGUACAAGAUAGCGGAGCAGUAAAUAAACUUAGGAUUGUAUUAGUAGUCAUAUAACCGUAUAAACUUCAUUCCAGAGUAUAAGUUUUGCACAUUUAAAGAAUGAUUCGACUGUCGCAUGUAAAUGGAUAAUAUUCUAUGCAGAGUUUUAUUUCCUUGAUUAAUUAGAGUUUUAUUUCCUUAA